AUGCACCAGCUUACUUCUCCUCAUUUAUACGAGGAGUGCGUUAUUCCAAUCCUGGAGCAUAGAUUGCGAGACCUGCGCAUCUCCUCAGAGAAGACCUGGUUUAACUCCGACGGCUCAAAAGUCAGUUUUGAUGCCGGCGAGUGCUGCGAGACAGAACCAGAUGCAUUCAAGAAGAUCUUAAAUCACCCAGCGUUCAUGAACGAAUUGGCGGACAACUUCCGAAGCCUCAUGCAUCAUUUCAGUGAGGCAACAUUACAGAACUUCUCUUGGCAUUUAGGAUGCUGUGUUCCUGACGAGGUGAUGGGUCCCACCGGAUACAUACCGUUGAACCAGAACUGUAUCCAGUCCCUAUCAUUGAUCACCGACGGUACAUGCCAAAGUUCAACUGAUAUGGCUGGGCUUUCUCAGCUGAACAAUCUACGAUCGCUCACAUGGGAAGGCAUAGACCCAGAUGGCGAUCAUGGAAAUCUUGUGGCAUGCCUAACAGCAAACUCCAUGCAUCUCAAACACCUUAAACUGGGAGUCGUUUCCAGACACCUUAGUGACCCCGAUUUGAGUUGGUUGGAUGACAGCGAGUUGCAUAUCAAUGAAUUAACGGGCCUUCGCGGGUGCGAGUUAGGCAAAGGGAAAGCCGACUUUGGCUGCUUACGACAUCUAUCCUUGUCCAAUAUCGCGCUCGGAAAUAGCACACCUAAAAUGGCAUACAAACAUGUGAAUGCUUUUGUCCAUCUACAUGAGUUGGAGAGUUUUACGCUUCGACAAUGUCCCGGAACUGUACAGUUUCUAACGGGAUUAACCGGCUCGGGCAGGCCCUUCCACCUUCGACGUUUCGAAUGUGUUUAUCCCAUUGACGAGAAUAAGACUCAUCCUGUCGAGGCCUUCCUACAGUUGUGCGACAAUCUGGAAGAGCUAUAUCUUUCAAAGCGCACCUCGAUAUGUUUUAAAUCAAUCCCUCGGACAGUCAAACGUUUGGUUGGUCAUUUCCUGACCUUCAAUGGAGCCCUUACCUUUCAGUCCCCUCUAGACUAUGCUCUAGAGUAUAGCCUUCAGGGACUGCCCUUAGAGCUUGUUGGCAUUAGCGUGUUUUCCAGACCCUGGCUCAUGGAACCCAGAAUGCAAUUUAUGAACAUCGGGCAUACUCUCAGGCUGAUUCACCUUCGAGCUACUUUCAUCGGCAACGAAAAUUCACCCUGCGACCUGGUGUCGCAAUUAUUGCACUCGGAAGACCGCGAAAGAACCGAAAUGAGUAAUCUGUCGUCCUUUGCAGAAUGGGCCUUUGAUACAAAUGGUCUGCUUCAUCUACAGGCCAUUGCUUACGGCAACUUUGCUGGCGGCCAGCAAUAUGCUUGGACUCGGAUACUCCUUUGUCGUAACUCCUCAAAUGAAGUACAAGGUCCGCGUCUCCGAUCAUACCGCGUAAUGACACGCCAAGAAUACGAGCCAUUAUUGGACACUUAA